AUGGCGGCGGUUUGCCGACAGCCUUCAGUCUGACAAACUCUGAGUUUUUAUUUGUGGUUUUUGUUCUCGGUUUCCGAUUAAAUAAACGAGCACGGAGACGGUGUCUGGGUGACGUCAGCAGCGUGUUUUGGACGGGUCCGGAAGUGGAUCAGCGGGUGAGAACCGGAGGUUUAAUGUCGUUACGUGUUUGUGGAUCAAACUCCAGAUAUACGGAACCAUCAAACCCAAUCACAGUCCCAGUUGGACCAGUGUGUGAUGGUGGAUCCAGUCUAAGCCAGUUGGACUGGGAGUCAUGGAGAAGUUCGGAAUGAGUUUCGGGGGCGGUCCCGGCAGGAAGGAGCUGCUGGAAACCAUCGAGUCCCAGAAGAAGCAGCUGGUCCAGUACCAGAGCCGCUUCAGGGAUGUGGUUCGGGCCUACAAGAGCCUCCUGAAAGAGAAGGAGGCGCUGGAGGCCAGCCUGAAGGUCCUUACCGUGACCCAGGAGGUAGACCUGAACCAGCAGGGCCAUGACACCAUCGCCACCGCUGACCUUCCAGAGGACAGCUGCUCACUGCACAGUGAGGACAGUGUGGACACAGUGGCAUCUGUGGACACACCCAGUGAGACCACCAGAGGGGAUCAGAGUGAGGAGGACCAGGGAGAACCAGGAGGACGGGCCGGCUCCGCUGUACAGCAGCCCCUGAGGUCGGAUCUGGAUGCAGGCGGCUCAGAGAGCAGUGGCGUUGGGGCAGAGCAGCAGCAGGCCACGCCCUCUGUCAGCGCAGAGGUGGAGCGGAGAGUCUCCCAGCUGAAGAACCAGCUGAGCACGCUCACCACCGCCCUCGCCACAGUGACGCAGGAGAAGUCCCGCAUGGAGGCGAGCUUCCAGGCUGACAAGCGGCAGCUGAAGCAGGAGGUGGAGGAGCUGCAGGAGCGCCUGGUCGCUGUGACGAUGGUGAAGGAGGAGGAGCUGCAGGCGGUGCAGCAACAGCUGGCGGAGAGCCGCGCUCGUGUCAUCACGCAGCAGCACGAGCGGGAGCAGGAGCAGGGAGACCACGUCCAGCAGCUCCGAGAGCUGCAGAGGAUCCUGCAGCAGGAGAGAGACCUGCGGCAGGACGCCGAGCUUCGCCUUCAGAACGCCAACACAACGCUGCUGCUGACAUCACAGGCCGUGGACCGGGGGGCGGAGUCCCAGGCCCACCUCAACCAGGUGAGGGAGCAGAGAGACGAGCUGCAGAGGAGGCUGCAGGCUGCCGAGGAGGACCAGAAGAAACCAGAUCCCAGAGUGGACCAGCUGCAGCGAGAACUUACUGAGCUGAAAAACCACUUUGAGCAGCAGAUCCACGCCGAGACCAGGAAGGUAUGCGAGGCAGAGGAGCGUGUUCGUGAGCGUGCUCAGGAGGCGGAGCUGAGGGUGGCCAGUCUGGAGCAGCGGGUGUCAGAGCUGUCAGAGCUGCUGGGCUCCAGCGAGCGGUCGAGGCACCGAGACCAGCAGACGGCUCAGAGGCUGCGGGACCGGAUCCUGCAGCUGGACACCGAGAAUAAGACGCUGGCCAUUGCCGCGUCCAGCAGGAUGACCUCUGACCCCGGCGUGGACGAUUCGCAGCUGGACGUGGGCGCGCUGAAGGAAAAGCUGGAGAAAGUGAAGAAGCUGCUGCUGCUGGCGGCUCAGAGGAACCCGGACCAGAACAUUCAGACCUUGGUGGAGGCCGAGCUGGAACCGAGCGCAGACAAAACCUCGGCCUUGUACCAACAGGAGCUGCGGACACUGCGGGACGAGUUUGAGCGCUACAAGCUGCGGGCGCAGGUGGUGCUGAAGAACAAGAACGCCAAAGACGGCUCCCAGGCCAAGGAGCUGGAGGAGGUUCGGGACCAGCUGGCCGAGCUCAAGGAGAAGUACAUCAACCUGCGCAUCCAGAGCGAUGAGGCCGAGACCCAACACCGCCGCACGCUGGAGGAGCGCCAGCAGCAGGCGGCGGCCCUGCAGCAGGCACACAGACAGGAAGUGGAGCGGGCAGAGGCGGUGCACCGCGACCACCUGCUGCAGCUAGAGGCGGAGCUCCACAAGCAGAGGGAGAGGACCAUGGCGCUGCUCGACGACAAGGACCAGGAGCUGGAGCGACUGCGGGCCGCUGUGCCCAGCUGCAGCUACGAUGCCGACAGGACGACUGACGACGAGCACGAGACCGGCCCCGAGAGCGAAGGCGACAUCAUCAGCCAGGCACUACGGCGGGCCGCGCCCAAUGAGCCCACGCUGCUGCUGUACGCUGAGCAACUGGCCCGCAAGGAGGCAGAGCUAGGCGGGCUGCGGCGGCAAAAACACCGGCUGGAGGAUGACCUCCACAAUCUGCAGGCCAGGCUCAUCGCCAACAGAGAGCGCCACGAGGAGGAGGCUGCUGAGCUGCGAGGACAACUGGACAAACUGGUCCGAGAUCAGAGCCGAGAGGGCGCCAACCUGGAGUACCUGAAGAAUGUCAUCUACAAGUUCCUGACACUGCAGGACGCCAGCGGGAGACAGCAGACACUUGGCGCCAUUCUCACCAUCCUACACUUCAGCCCACAGGAGAGACACGAUGUCCUCAGGCUGCAGGGACACACCUGGUGGAUGUCCAACAGGAAGUAAUAGCGUCCUCAGGCUGCAGGGACACACCUGGGGGACGUCCAACAGGAAGUAACGGUACCCUCAGCUGCAGGGACACACCUGGGGGACGUCCAACAGGAAGUAACGGCGCCCUCAGCUGCAGGGACACACCUGUUAAUAAAAAGUUGAGGCAAAGCGGUUUGUGAUGGAUGCGAGGGGGACGGAUGUGACUGUGGACGGACAGAUGUGACUGUGGACGGACAGAUGGACAGAUGGACGCCUGGUUCCUGAUGAUUCUGAGGGUUUAGGGUCACAGUGAGGAAACGGUUCAAACUUCAGAUUUCUCUUCUGUAUAUUUUUGAUUCCUCUUGUUGAAAUUAAACUAUUUCUCCUGCUUCACAAAA